AUGAAGGUUGUCUCAGAUAGGCAGGUGGUGGAGCAUUUACUAGCUACUCUUAACAAAGAGUCCAUUGUCAACGACUACCAGCCGGCACUUUUGUCAGCACUUUCCAAUUACGAGAAAGAUCCAUCUGUAUCUCCAGAAAGAACCGUCCAACUUUCCAAUACCCCAGGCUCAGACACUACGCAUUUGUUCAUGCCAUGUAUUGCUCCACAUGGAGUUGGUGUCAAAGUUGUUUCGGGUGGUCCGACCAACGGGAGCAAAGGUCUAGGAUUCCAAGGAUGUGCGGUUAUACUUGACGAAUACACCGGCGAAUUAUUGGCCAUUGUCAAUGCUAAAGCACUCACAGCGUUCCGCACAGCAUUGGCUAGCACGUUUGGAUUGAUCAAGGUGUUUGACGUGAAAGAAAGCGGAGUUAUGCUCCCGGAAUUGCUGGUGUUUGGAACAGGUCCGCAAGCGUUCUGGCACGCCGUUUUAGCGGGCAGACUCUACCCUCAGAUAAAGAGAAUUAACGUUGUGAGCCGCACAUUGAAGUCUGGAGAGAAUCUUGCGGCAGAAUUGGCUCAGGUGUUACAUCAAGACGUGGUGGCUUUGGAGCUCACCGACAAAGAGCAAGUACGGACUCAUGUACGCAACAGUAGCAUCAUAUUUGGCUGUACUCCCUCGACAGAAGGCAUUAUUCUUGGUGACUACAUAGACGACGAUCCUAACAAGAGGAAGUAUAUUUCGCUUAUUGGAUCUUACAAGCCACACAUGAUUGAGCUCAAUCUCGAGUUCAUUAAGCAGCAUUUCACGGGAAAGAAGACGAAGAUUUUGGUUGAUUCUAAGAGCAAUACAUUGUCUGAGGCUGGAGAAUUGAUUCAGGGCGAAAUUGGCAAAGAUCAGUUGGCAAGCUUGCUGGAGUUGAUGACGGGCGAAGUCGAUAUCGGCGAUUGUAUUACAGAAACGGGAGUGGUUGUUCUGAAGAUUGUGGGGCUACUGAUCAUGGACAUUGCGAUGGCCAAGUUUGUGAUGGAAAACUGUGAGGGGCUGGUAGUGAAUGAAUUCUAA